AUGGACAAGACACAGCGCGCUGCGAGUGGUAUGCCGGCGGUAAAGCAGGGCAUCGAGAAGCUGUGCAGUGGAUGCAUGAAGGGCAAGCUGACGAUUGAUACAUUUCCGUCUCAAUCGUUAACAAGGAUGUCACGUGUGUUGGAACUAGUACACACGGACGUGAUGGGACCGAUGAAGACGGUCUCAAAGGGUGGUGUACGAUUCGUAUUGACAUUCGUAGACGACUACUCAAGAUUUGUGGCAGCGUACUUCAUGAAGCACAAGAGCGAGGUGGCCGCAAGGCUUAGCGAGUUCAAGGCUUUCUAUGAGAAUCAAUGGGGCAAGCACUUGAAGUGUAUACGGUCGGAUAACGGGACGGAGUUUGUCAACAAGAAGAUUGCCCAUAAAUGCGCCCGUAAUGGUAUCAUGCACCAGCGGACAGUACCAUAUAGUCCGCAACAGAACGGCGUUGCAGAACACAUGAAUCGCACUAUCAUGGAGAAGGCAAGGAGCAUGCUGUACUACAAGGGUAUCGACAUGCAGUGGUGGGCAGAGGCGGUCAGUACGGCUGUGUACUUGAUCAACAGAUCGACAAACUCUGCAAAUUCGGACGUAACACCGUUCGAGGUUGGUUUCAAGAUGAAGCCGAGUAUUGAGCAUUUGCGUGUGUUUGGAUCGCAAGGGUAUACUCACAUUGACGACGCCAAGAGGACGAAGCUCGAACCAAAGAGUUACCGGUGUAUGUUCCUCGGAUAUGCGGAGAACACCAAGGGAUACAGGCUGGACGAGCGGGAAGUUGAAGGCAUAUACGACACGGUGGUACCGGAUAAAGUACUAGUCGUCAAGUAUAAUAGGGACACUGAUAAAGCAGUGAUUCCGGUGGCUCGUCCGUAUGAUGGAGACGAGAUGAUGGAAGAUGUCGAAGCAAGCGCUCCUGAUGUCGAGAUGGACGAGAUAGAAUUGGCUCCAUUCGAAACAGGUAUCAUCAUACCUCAAUUACUCGAUCCAGAAACUCAAGAACCAAGAGGCGAUGAGAUAACGGGAUAUCAAGCUCCGAGACAAGCUUUUCAGAUGGACAGGUUGGUAUGUCAGCCGGAGAUAAAUCGGACAAGACGCUUACGAGACAGAAUGCUGCUGCUUGAAAAUGGAAAUAGCAGUGAAGACACGUCAGAAGGUAGCGAUGGACCACCUUCUCCAAAGAGUGCAAGAAUUAAUGACGAAGGUCUCAUUGCAGAGGCUGUAUUAGCCUAUGCUGCAAGCGUUGGCGAGGCGGACGACGGUCCAUCAGUAUACAAGUCCAAGUAUCAACGCACGGUGGCUCUAAGCUCUGCUGAGGCAGAGUACAUGGCUUUAAGCCUGUGUACACAGGAAGUGUUAUGGGUUCGUGCGCUGCUUAAGGAUCUAGGUCACGAGCAAGUGGGAGCAACGUGGGUCUGGGAAGAUAAUCAAGGAAAUGUGGCCCACGGUAUCAUCGUGGUCAAGUACAUCUCCACCAUGGACCAAUUGGCCGACAUGCUUACGAAGGCUCUGGGGACCAAGCGACUGAAGUAUUUGAUACAAGCAAGCUGCAUUGGACCCAAGGGCAUUUAG